CAUAUUAUUCGACUUAAAUAAAAAAUGUUUGAAAUCAUUGGAAAUUAUUUCUUUUCUAGAAAUGUUUGUUUAGCAUCUGGCUGAAAGGCGUUUAUUGCAGAGCUGCUUAUGAUCGUUCGUUUUUAUACGUUAAAUUUUUAAUGGUUCCGUGCUUCAAUUUUACCCAAUUGUACAUACAUUCUAGUUAUAGAUCAUAUUCUACGAUUCGGCGAAAACCGGAAUUCCAAACAAAAACCCCACAACUUGGAGGACUAGCUUUAUCAGUUUAUGAAACACAAAUGUCAAGUCAGCAAAGUGGUGGCGGUUACACGGGUACUGGAACAAAGGCGGACCUUGAUAACCAUGGGAACCAGUGCAACCCGAACAACCCCAACCAUCAAGGGUACAGCUCUGCGUAUAGUGGUACCGGGACAAAGGCUGACCUCGGCAACCACUCAAACCAGAUGAACCCGAACAACCCAAGCUACCAGGCGCCGAAAAAAUGACGUGUCGCUCUGUGAAGCAAAACACAAAAUAACUUUUAAAAAAUGCAGAAUAUAUUUUGUGUUAUGAAUAUGAUUGUACAAAAAUAUGUAUAAUAAAUAGUUAUAAAUGUUGA